GCUGCACGGCAGCACGGGCCACGGCCUCCGCGGCUCUCCGCGCCUAGGCAGUACGGGCGGCGGCGCGGCGCGGUGGGAGGCGGGCGGACGGCCGGGGGUGGCGCGCGGCCAGCCCAGGACUCCACCAGGCACCAGUCCAGCUACGGUGACCAGGUCGGCACUCGCCACUCGGAAGCUCCGCAGCGGUUCUGCCAUUCUGCGGCUGCAGGUGCCAGCAUGGUCGAUUAUUCUUUCACCCAUGAGUUCAAACUCGGCUAUUUGGAGACGGAGAACGUCGCCAUCGGGCACUCAGUCAGCUCCGAGGUCAUCUUGGCUGGGGGGGACCUCUGGAGGAUCAAAUGCUACCCGCGUGGGCUUAUCACAUCGUACAGCGAGUGGACAUCUAUCUUCCUCCACCAUGUGAGCAGAUUCGAAGACGCCAAGGCCAUCUUCGAGGCCUCGGUGAUCCACACAGACGGCGGGGCUCUAUCUUCGUCCGAUAGAAGCAUGUGCGUGCGUGUUUACGGCGGCGCUGCUGAAUCCUGGGGCUGGCAUCAAUUCGUACCGCGAAGAGUCAUCAAGUCACUCUACGUGACCAAUGGUUCCUUCACAAUCGCGUGCAGGGUCAAAGUUUUGCAGAAGGACCCCUUGGACGUGCCGCCCUCCGACAUUGGGAGCCAUCUUGGGCGCCUGCUGGAGUGCGCAGACGGCGGCGGCUCCGAUGUUACCUUCGUCGUCGACGGCGAGAAGUUCCCCGCUCACCGGGCUGUGCUCGCCGCCCGCUCGCCGGUCUUCAAGGCACAGCUACUGGGCUCCAUGGCCGAUGCCAACAUGCCAUCCAUCACCUUGCACGACGUCGCGCCGGCGACCUUCAAGGUCAUGCUUCGCUUCAUGUACACCGACGCUUGUCCUGCGGAUGCUGAGCUCGGGGACUCCCCGGACGAGAUGUUGCGGCAUUUGCUAGCUGCGGCAGACCGGUUCGCGUUGGAUCGCCUGAAGCUUCUGUGUGCGAGCAAGCUCUGGGAUAAUGUGUCAGUGGAUACAAUUGCCACUACUUUGAUGUGUGCUGAAACAUACAAUUGUCCGGAGCUGAAAAGGAAGUGCAUUGGUUUCUUUGGGCAGGGGAAGAACUUCAAGACAAAGGCUUUGUUGACAGAUGGUUUUGUUCAGCUGGCGCAACAAUUCCCAUCGAUUCUUGAUGAGCUAAAGGAUAAGGUUGGAGGAUAGAGGCUGCAUGAUGUGUGUAUAUACAGGCUUAGCCUAUGGCUAUAGUAGUACUAGUUUUAUGGCAUUUUGAGUUUGGCAAAAGCUGUCUAAAACGAUUGUAAAGUGUUUGACUUUUCGGUUUGCAAGUGUCGCCACUAUUAUGUUA